AAUUCCAGGAUUUAUGUGACUGUUAAGUUCUAGCAUACUGUGGUUGGUGUGGUCCAGAUAACAGGAUACAAGUUUGAAGUGGUCAGUGGGUCUUGUCUUUUUUCAGUCCUCUCAGUAUCACUCCAGACCCAGCAUUCAAUUACACUUGAGACCCCUCAUGCCGGAAGCAAGGCCAGAUCCCUUUUUGUCCCCCCACUAAAGAUACUGUUUAUCUCUCCUGAUGGUCCCAAUUGGAAAUCUUUCCUUAACCAUGAUCUUAUCACACCUCCUGCUCCAACUUACCAUGAUAUUAUAAAGGAGGCAAACAGACAAUUUGCAAAGAACCAAAAGGAUUUUAUAAUGGAAAAGCACAGAUGUAAUGAAGAAAUAAGAAUCAUAAGAGAGCGGCAGCAAAGAAUUGACAAGGAGCUCAAGAGACUCCAAGCAAAGGCUACCAAGAAGCCUUUAGAAAUUGAAAAAGACUAUAAGAAGUUCCUACGUAAACUGCGGAAUGAAGCUAAGUUUGGGAGAGAACUUCUAACAUCGGUGUCAUCAUCAUCAUCAACAGAAGACAAUACCGGGGACGAAGAAGAGCACUGAGAAACCAGAAGUAAACCGUGUUUAAGAUACUGUACACAAGUCAAUUAUUUCAGUUUAACUGUAGCAGUAUGUUUAAUUCUAGUCCAAUCCAUGAGGUUGGGAUUAUUUUUUACAAUUCAUCUUUAAAAAUCUUACAGUCAAUAAAUCCUAGUAAAUCAU